CACAAUCCGAGCCUCGAGUGGGCGCGCAGUCCCAGGUUUCAAUGGAUUCGCCGCUUGCCACGCAAAUAUUUCGCCAGCUCUUCUCCCACCGAGCCUCCCAAUGCCUGGCUCGGGGAGCUCGGCCGGCUAUCACAACUGCCUAUCAUGCGAACAUGCAGCGACGAAGCAUGGCCUCACGGUUGGGUGAGGGGGAGACUGCAAGAGAAAGCAGGUGGAAGCCGAGAAGUUUUUCAUUUCCUCACGAACGGGCCGAAGAGUUCAAUCGCUUCCCAAUGGUUACAGCGGACAUGAUGCGGAACCGAAGAGAGCGACCUCGGCGGGUAAAGAUGCUCCUCCGCGACUUCAUUGAGGAUAGUCUUUACAAUCCGCAUUAUGGCUACUUCUCCAAACAAGUUGUGAUUUUCUCCCCCGGCGACCCCUUCGAUUUCAACUCGAUAGCUUCUGAGCAUGAAUUCUUCCAACAGCUGAGACACCGCUACACGGCUUUUGAAGAUGCGCUUGACGACUACGAGCCGAACGAUCUCCGUCAGCUGUGGCACACGCCCACCGAGCUUUUCUCGCCAUACUAUGGAGAAGCCAUUGCUCGGUAUCUAGUCGAAGAUUACAAAUACAACUUUUACCCCUACCACGACCUCAACAUCUACGAAAUGGGCGCUGGUAACGGUACCAUGAUGUUGAAUAUCUUAGACUACAUAAGGGAUAUGUAUCCGGAGGUAUACGAGCGGACGAGAUUCAAAGUCAUAGAAAUUUCGAGCGCGUUGGCUACGUUGCAGCAACAAGGACUGGGGCAGUCAGCAUUCUCCCGCGGCCACUCCGACAAGGUUGAGAUCGUCAAUCGUUCAAUAUUCGACUGGGAUGCAUACGUCUCCUCUCCUUGCUAUUUCCUCGCCCUCGAGGUUUUCGACAACUUCGCCCAUGACGCCCUGAAAUACGACAUAGAGAGUGGUGAGCCCUUCCAAUCACGGGUAGUAAUUGAUCCCAGAGGCGAGAUGUUCGAGUACUAUUCCCGCGACCUAGAUCCUGUAGCGCAGCAAUUCUUGGAACGACGCGAUGCAACCUGUACGAACUAUCCCCACCCUCUACAAGGCUCCCGGAUAAUGUCCAAUCUGCGGUCGCUUGUUCCGUUUAAAAGCUCACUGAGUACGCCUGAAUAUAUACCCACCCGGUUGAUGCAGUUCUUCUACAUUCUAUAUGAGAAGUUCCCAAAUCACAAGCUGAUUACGAGUGAUUUCAACAAGUUGAGUGAUACGGUGGAGGGAAUCAAUUCGCCGGUAGUCCAGACAAGAUUUAAGAGGGAGAUGAUACCUGUGUCUACACCUCUUGUUCACCAAGGCUACUUUGAUAUUCUCUUCCCCACUGACUUCGAAGUCGUACAACUCAUCUACACGGCAAUUACCGGAAAAUUCGCUCGUACAUAUUCACACCAAGAUUUCAUGUCUGGUCGAGCAGAUAUUGAAGAGACGCAGACUAAGAAUGGGGAGAAUCCGUUGCUGAGUUGGUAUAAAAAUGCGAGCGUCAUGAUUACUAUAUAGAGUAGGCGAACAUGGUUCUGUAAAUAUGUAU